GAUUAGGUGUGGGAAAUAAGAAAUCUGUGCUGCUAGCUAAAACAUCCCACAGCUGUUGCCAGCGAUCGUAACGGCCGGGAAAGACGCGCGGUCCCCGGCUACAGGAGAACCGAACCGUCGCUAGAUUCUGAGCACUUUAAGGAGAAAGUUUACACUGAACGAUUCCUGCUGGUUACCUUUUUCUGGACGCUAUCGGACGAACAUGUCCUAGUGUAAAUAGCUGUGGUGGAGGUCGAGGAUGGCCGCAGACGUGGAUAAAACAACCCCUGAGGAUAGGAGCGGAAUUUCGCAGCAGAAUGGGCACCGGGGUCCGAGCCGUGGAUCCUGGAUCUCCAGGGCGGUGUGGACUCUGCUUAUAGUCGGUGCUGUCCCUCUUCUCGCCUUUGGGAUCAAGUAUUACCAAGAUGCACAGCUCCUCAAACGUCAUGAGGAGAGUGUCCGAACCCUGGGUGCCGAGGGGCUUUUUCUCUUCUCCUCCUUAGAUGUCGACCAUGACCUUUAUCUCAGUCCGGAGGAGUUUAAACCAAUUGUUGAGAAGCUCACAGGGAUUACACCCCCUGUGGAUUACGAGGAGGAGGUGGCUCAUGACCCCAAUGGCGAGGCUUUGACCUUGGAGGCCAAAAUGCAGCCCCUGCAGCUCGACUCCAUGACAAAAAGCAAGGAUGGUUUCCUCGGGGUGUCUCACAGCUCUCUGAGUGGGCUACGCUCAUGGAAGAGCCCAGCAGUGCCUUCUUCCUCCUUCUCUGCCAGCCAGUUCAGAGCCUUUUUGCCUCCCAAGAACAAAGUGGAAGUGGGAGACACGUGGUGGGUGAUCCCUAGCGAGCUCAACAUCUUCACUGGGUACCUGCCCAACAAUCGUUACCACCCUCCGGCACCAAAGGGCAAAGAGGUUCUCAUCCACUCCUUGCUGAGCAUGUUCCACCCGCGGCCCUUCAUCAAAUCACGUUUCGCUCCUCAGGGAGCUGUCGCCUGCAUUCGUGCCAGCAAUGACUUUUAUUAUGACAUUGUGUUCAGGAUUCACGCAGAAUUCCAGCUCAACGAUGUCCCAGACUUUCCCUUCUGGUUCACCCCGGGGAAGUUCAUCGGCAACAUCAUCAUCUCUAAAGACGCAUCUCAUGUCCGACACUUUCACCUCUACGUCCCCAAUGACAGGUCUCUGAAUGUGGACAUGGAGUGGCUGUACGGGGCCAGUGAGAGCAGCAACAUGGAGGUGGACAUCGGAUACCUGCCACAGUUGGAGCUGCAGUCCAAGGGUCCGUCCACUCCAUCCAUCAUCAUGGAUGUGGAAGGCAACGUCAUCGACAGCCGAGAUGGCGACGGCGAGCCGAUCCAUUUCGUCUUUGAGGACAUCCACUGGACGUCAGAGAUCAGCGAGCAAGAAGCCGCCCAACGCCUGGAGGUCACCCUCUACCCCUUCAAGAAGGUGUCCUACCUGCCUUUUUCAGAAGCCUUUGAGCGAGCUGAAGCAGAGAACAAACUGGUGCAUUCCAUUCUGCUUUGGGGGGCGUUAGACGACCAGUCCUGCUGAGGUUCGGGGCGAACUCUCCGGGAGACAGUCCUGGAAAGUUCGCCCGUCCUGGCUCUGCUCAACCAGAGCUUCAUCAGCAGCUGGUCUCUGGUCAGAGAGCUGGAGAACAUGCAGGCUGAUGAGCAGAACCCUGUGUUGAGUGAAAAGGCCCGAUUACACCUGGAGAAGUACAGCUUCCCUGUGGAGAUGAUGGUGGCACUGCCCAAUGGAACUAUUGUCCACCACAUCAACGCCAACUUCUUCCUGGACCAGACGUCCAUGAAACCAGAGGAGGAAGGAGCGACGUUCAGCUUCUCCGGUGGGUUCGAGGACCCCUCCACAUCCACUUACAUCAACUUCCUCAAGGAGGGGUUGGAAAAAGCCAAGGAGUACCUAGCACAGUAAUUAGUGUGUUUGUGCGAUAGAGCCUGAGAGACUAAACACGAGGAAGUGAUCAUCAUUCCUCUGGGUAAUGAUCCAAGAUAAGGAAAAAAAAACCUCCAGCAAUUAUGUAGAGAAGAUUCCUCAUCAGUGUUGGCAGCUGAAAAACUUCUUUUUCCCUCUUUCUUACUAUUUAUUUGGGCAUCUCUCCUGGUUAGAAAGUUUUAUAUACAGUAUUUGUAUUGUGACAAACAGUACAGGGAAAUAUUGCUUCUCAAACCUAAUGUUACUGUUAUAUAGCAUAUUUUAAUGAGAUGCAAAGCGGCAACAGAUACGUAAACACAUUAGGAUCUGCUCUCUCUCUGCUUGUCGCUGCUGUCAUAACACAACGACCAUACAACAACCUAUACUUCUUUUAUAUUGUGGUGUCGCAUGUGCAAUAUUAAAUGACUGAGUGUGUUUUCCUGCUGCUGAGCGUACCCAGAGACAGGGCCCGUGCAGCUGUUGCCUUCAGCUGUGUUUCAGCAGUUUGUGAAGUCGUCGCCUGAAAGCUCUCUCCGGGCUGGGCAGCGCCUGAUGUUAUUGCUGAGGCUGCUGGAGGGAACACCCGUCUCUGACUCAGGGGACAAAGGCAGCAGGAAAAAUCAAACUGGGCCGUGGCACAUAAAAUAUUAAUACAGCUGUUUUCUUGUACUUCUGAGUUUGCAACCAAAUGUUGAAUAUUUUGCAGAUGCUGGUUUUUUUGUUUCUGAGGAAGAUGUGACCACACCAAAGAACAUUGUUUUUAAUACGUACAGGAGCUGGUUUGCAGCUAGAGGAGCUGUUGAUGUUCAUAUUUAUGUAACUCAAUGGAACCAAAUGGUCAUAUGCUUGAUUCUUGAACUGAGCGGCACAUGAUACCGUGUCCUGUUGUUUUCCUCUUUUAGGCUCCAGGCUAAAGAAUGUAUUUGUUUGUGUCUUGAGGGGAAAUCCUUGAUAUUUUAAGAGAAAAAUGACAAUCUGGACCUACUAUUAGCUUAUUUUCUUCAAUAUCUUCUAAAAUCCUUGUCUCGUAUGUUUUUACCGUAAAACAGAAGAACACAGGGAUCAAGAAAACUAAUGUCAAGCAUUAACAGUGUAAUCUGACAAAUGAGAAUAACAUUAAAGGAGCUGUAUACGACAGUCAGAGAGAAUCUGUAUGUAAGAGUCUCAAUCAGGUUGUCUGCACACCUCUCGUAACAUGGAGGUGGCUGAGCUGGCUAGCAGCUAACGGUGCUAAAAGCGCAAGCAGUGCUAACGAUGGCAACAGUGCUGACAGAGCUAACAUUGAGGCGAAAAUGUAUUUCCUAGGAUAGAGAAAGCAUAACCCGUCCUACUCUGCUUUAAAGCAUGGAUUUUCAUUUGAGAAAUUUGCACAGAAAUUUAUAAAAACUGAUUUUGAGGGUUCUUAUGAACGCUUGCACACCCUUGCGUAACAUUUGUGCAGGGGAAAAAUAUUCGAACGGCCCUUGAUUUCAGCCGAUUUCGGAGGAAAUACAUGUUUGACCAAUGAAAACCUUAGUUCCAACUGAUGUCAUACCUCCAGGUUGUAGCUAACUUGUUCACUUUGGUUUCUGCUUCAGCUGUGAUAUGACGAAGAUGCUAACGUAGCUGAUAUACAUUUGUUAACAUAUGUUGGUCACGGUCUCAAACAGAAGAACAUGGCUAAUUAUUAUGAAGAGUAAUUUCAUCGGACUAACUUACCAGGUGCUGGUCUGCCACUCUUAUCAAACAAUCCUUCAUACCUGGUCGCCGUUACGUAGCAUUCCAUGCAGCAGUGAUAUUACGAUGGUAUUGAGGGCUUAAUCGUGUAGGAAGAACAAGCUACUUAUGUUUAGAUCGGAGGGCUGAUGUUUGGAGCAGCCAAAUGGUGUAGUUGCAGGCCAUUAAUCUUUGUAACUGUAGGGAGGGUGUAUUUUUCAGAGAAACUGGAUUUUGGAGCAAUGGUUGUUUGCUUUUGGGGUAACAUUCUCUGUCUGGGUGGGUUUUUGUUGUGUGGAGUGCACACAGGCACUAUUUAGGAGCAAAGUCAUUUUUCUUUUCUUGAGGAAAAUGGUAUACAGCAACGCAUUGUUUGCUGCUGUAUUAAUGCUCUGAAUGUCGCAUACAGCUCCUUUAACUGUGAAGGUCAUACAGGGUCCACUCCAUAAGAAACAUCCGGCUGAUUUGAGCCUUUAAGGGAAAACACUGUAACCUAUCCGUGCCAUUUUUUUCACAAAUAUGAAACAAUAAAACCUUUUUUUGUACAAUC